AUGCCGGAAGCCGUUCGCCGUCUCGAGGCCAAGGAAAGGCCCCGGAAAUACAAGUUCGGGCUCAUGUUGGUGAAGGAAGGCCAGACGCAGGAGGAGGACAUAUUCAGCAACACGGGAGGAAGUGUAGACUGGUACGAGUUCCUUAACUUUAUCGGCGAGAAGGUUCGCCUCAAGGGAUGGAACCGCUUUGCUGGCGGGCUCGACGUCAAAACCGACACCACCGGUGAGUUCUCGAGGUUCACCGAAUGGCAAGGCAGCGAGAUCAUGUGGCACGUCGCCACCAUGCUUCCUCAGGGCGAGGGGGCGCAGCAGAUUGCUCGGAAGAGGCACAUCGGCAACGACAUCUGCAUCCUCGUUUUCCUCGAUGGUAAGGACGCCAGCUAUUCGGCCAACACCAUUCGCUCCCACUUCAUCCACAACGUGAUCACCAUUCGACGGAUACCUAGCGAUUCUCUCGAAGAUGACGCCUCCCAGACGCGCUACCAUGAUGUUCCUGUGUUUGGGCCGCCUCUCCCCAAGCCUGCCGUCUUCCGGAAGGAUGACAGCUUUAAGGACUUCCUGCUCGCCAAGAUGGUCAACGCCGAACUGGCCGCCUACCGUACGGUGUAUUUCUCCAAGCGGUUGCGCCUGGGUCGCCGCGCCCUCCUUGACGAGCUGGUCUCCGACUUCUUCCCGCUGACGGGCGAGUAG